GUCACUCGCAUCAUCGGGGCUUGGCACCUUUGCUGGCGGCGACUCAACAGCCGCUCAUUAGCUCGACUCUUUUCGCUCCUGCCCAUCCACAACGACCGCCCACCGACCGACCGACCUUGGAGAACUCGAGAAGCAUGGCCUCGUGGGUUGGCAUGCGCAACAGGGCCACGCCGUCCCAAGUCGACGCCGUUGCGCGCGCCGUCCGCAGCACGCCCGUCAUCGACCACCAUGCCCAUCCGAUUCUCAAGGCCGAGGCGCUGAGCAAACACCCGCUGCUGGCUCUCACCAGCGAAGCCCACGGCGACGCCCUUCAUUCGGCCACCUCGUCGCUGCCCCAUCUCCGCGCCGUGCGCCAGCUCGCCUCCGCCCUGGGUUGCGGCUUCACCUGGGAGUCGGUCGUGGCCGCCAUCGAGGAGAAACGUCUGGAGUGCCCCGAGGACUGGACCGCCUAUUGCCUCGCCGGCAUCGAGACUAUCCUGGUCGACGACGGCCUCGACGGCCAGGACGACGCCAACGCCUACUCGUGGCACGACGACUACACGCGCAGCAGGUGCAAGCGCAUCGUACGCAUCGAGAAGGUGGCCGCUGACAUCAUCCGCCGCCUCGGCAACGCCUACCGCGAGUUCCCCCAGACCGGCUACGUCUUUGACGAGGCUUUUGACCAAUGGACCGAGGAGUUUGAUAAGUGCAUCACGACCUCGCUCGACGACCCCGAUGUCGUUGGCUUCAAAUCGGUCGUCUGCUACCGGACCGGGCUGGACGUCCCAAACCAGCUCAGCAACGUCCACGAGACGGCCGCGCGCGCCGAUUUCAAGGACAUCAUUGCCAACUACGCGCGUCUGGAUUUCCAAAAGCUGCAGACGAAGAGCCUGAACGACUGGGUUGUGCAUCGUACCGCCCAGCUGAUCCGCGACAACCCCUCCCGGCAGCGGAAGCCGAUCCAGUUCCACACGGGUCUUGGGGACAAUGACCUUGUGGUGCCGAAGUCGUCGCCCUCCCACCUGCAGGACUUCAUCAGGGCGUACCCGACCGUCCCCAUCGUGCUUCUCCACGCCGGGUACCCCUUCACGCGCGAGACCGGGUACUUGGCAUCGGUGUAUGAAAAUGUCUACGCUGACAUCGGUGAGGUGUUUCCCUGCGUGAGCCAGGACGGCCAGGAGCGCAUUCUGCGCGAGAUCUUGGAGCUGUGUCCGUGGUCCAAGAUCCUCUGGAGCACCGAUGGCCAUUGGUUUCCCGAGACAUAUCUACUCGCUGUCAUGCAGAUGCGGGAGGCGUUCGAAACGGUGCUGUGCGAUUAUGUCCGCAAAGGCCACAUUGGCUGGCGGGCUGCCGUCGAUCUUGUCCGAGACGUUCUCUUCAGGAACGCCAACAAGUUGUACCAUCUCGAACUCGAAUUCGCCGAGCUCGAGGAGGAGACCCGCCUGGCUCAUGGCUCAUCCCUCAGCCACGUCGAACUUCUCCGCGCCUUCCUCAAGAACCAACCGACUCCGGAUUUUGUCAGAAUCUGCUGGAACGACUAUACCGCAUCGCAGCGGAUGCGCAUGAUUCCCUUCCGGAAGUUCAGGUCCCUCCUCAAUGAGGGCAAGCCAACGGACAUCGGCAUCACUAAAGCCGUAUUUGGCGUGAUCCAAAACGACUGGCUGCUGCCAGGUGUGGCUGCUACGGGCGAAUACCGCCUCCACCCGGACUUCUCCUCCCUCAAGAAGGGGCCCAUCGACGGUCACAUCAGCAUGGCCGCCGAGUUCCGCGAGCAGUCGGGCGCUCCCGUUCCCUUCUGCCCGCGCGCCGUCCUGCAGCGAGCCGUCGAGUUCGGUGCCGAGAACGACCUCUCGUUCCUCAUCGGCUUCGAGAUCGAGUUCCUCCUCGUCGAGCGCGUCGAGCCCAAGACCGGCAACACCACGCGCUACUCGACCCUCACGACCGACGGCCACGCCUGGUCUGUCAGCCGGUACUUUGCCGACCCCAAGAUCUCGGCUCUGCUGCGCGACAUGGUCUCGACGCUCGAAGACAUGGGCAUCUACGUGGAACAGCUCCACGCAGAGAGCGCCACCGGCCAAUUCGAACUCAUCCUCCCGCCGUACCCGCCGGUCGAGGCGGUCGACACGCUCCUGCACACCCGCGACGUCAUGGCGGCCCUCGCAACUGCCGCCGGCUUCAAAAUGACCCUCCACCCUAAGCCCUUCGCGCACGCGUGUGGCACCGCAUCGCACAUGCACCUCUCACUGAUCACCCCCACAGGCAGCCCCAGCGACGGCAACAAGCCCGAGGUAUACCAGCCGUUCUACGCCGGCGUGCUGAAGCACCUGCGCGCGAUCCUGGCCUUCACCUACGCCAACCCGGCCAGCUACGAGCGCUCGUCCGACAGCACGUGGUCCGGCGGCCGGUGGGUGACGUGGGGCACGCAGAACCGCGAGACGGCGCUGCGCCGCGUCGACGGCUCGCACUGGGAGCUCAAGUGCCUCGACGGGCUCGCCAACCCGUACCUGGCCGUCGCGGCCGUGCUGUUCGCCGGCGCCAAGGGCGCCGCCGACAAGGAGCCGCUCAUCUGGGGCGACUGCGAGAUCGACCCGGCCCGGCUGACGGCCAACGACCGCAAGGAGCUGGGCGUCACGCAGAUGCUGCCCGGCAGCGUGGAGGAGGCGCUGGCGGCGCUCCGGGAGGACGCCGAGCUCGUCGAGCUCAUGGGCGCCGAGCUGGUGGACCGGUACGUGGCGCUCAAGGAGUUUGAGCUGAAGUUCCUGAGCGAGAUGGGCGAUGAGGAGCGCAGGCAGUGGCUGAUGGAGCGGUAUUGAUUGAUCGAUCUUGGUCUGCGAGGGACUGGAGUACGACAAGGAGCAGCUUGGGUAUUUUCCACUGCUUGGGGUGGAGCUACAUAUCGUUGGGCGGGGUAGCCAUUACAUGCCCGCCAUCGUGAGCUGCAAUGAUGAUGCCA